AAGAAACACAGUUAAACUUGAAAUAUAUCCUUUCAUUUUUUCAUUGGUUGUGUUGUGAUGAGAUUCAGUGAAGAAAAUAGAUUGAACAUUAAAUAUUCGCAGAAACACGAGGAAACAUCAAACGUCCAUCCUGCAACCAUUCGAUUGAUCACUAAUAAGAAACUGUCCUGUGUGCAAUAUUCAAAUUCCGUGUUUUUAUACUAUAUAUAUUUUUAAAUAAAUAUUAUAUUUAAUAUAAACUCACUUAAACUCAAAGUAUGUACUUAUAAGUACGUUUUUGAUUAUUAGCCUUUGCGUAUGACUUUACUACGUUUUGUUAAACUCCUAUUGUAAAAUUUUUUAUCAAAUUUUUUUAGCGACUAAAAAUAUAAUAUUUUUUGACUGAUAAAAAAUAUAAUUAUAUUUUUACUAUGUAAUAUCUUUAAUUUGUUAUACAUCAUUUACGUAUCAAAUCAAGUAGGAGAAGUGAUAAAAUUUACAUUUGUAUUCACAGCAUGUCUUGUGACUUUGAUGAUUAUAUACUAUUCUGGUCAGGGAUUAAUGGACAAAAGUCAGAGUAUAUUCUAUCGAACGUAAUUUUUCAUUAUUUUUCACUAUUAAUAUAAUAUACUGUAAUUAUGAAAUUUCUUUGAACAAAAUUAAUAAUAAUUUGACAUAAGCAUUCGCAAGAUAAUUUUUAACAAAACAAUUAAAAAAUAUAAUACAUGAAACAUUAAAUAAAUCCAAAGAUAUGUUUUGGACUUAUUCGAUUUCUCUUUAUUUUGAAUAAUUUUCUAUUUUCAAAGAUAGCCGCCUUUAUUCGAAUAACUGAAAUAUGUAAAACAGACUGAGAAAUAUUUCAGCAAAACAUUUUCUCAUAUAGUCGGAAAACUAGCACGCGUCACCCUCUAUCAUCCUGUUACAUUGCAGGCCUUACGCUAUAUGAUACUUAUUCUGUUCUAUAAUUAUCUUAUUAACCUGACACACUAGAAAACCGUCUUUUUAAAAUACUGUUUUUAAAGAAGAAAAUGAAAGUGAAUUUUAUAUUGACAGACAGAUAUACUAUACUAUCGAAGAAAUGAGAUAUUGAUACGACAAUUAUACUGCACGAUAUUGUGUUCUGCGACUUGGAAGUUUCUUGGGAUAUCUAUAUUCAAACAAUAGCAUGUUUUAUAUCAUUACGGUUUAGUACGUUCGAGAACAAAGUUACAUUAAAGUUAUGUUAAAAAAUUUUCAGCGAGAGUAUAAUAUAAAUCGAAUAAUUUUAUCAAUUACGGGUCUUUGGCCGUUUCAAAACAAAUAUGUGAAAAAUUCAUUAUUGAUUUUCUGCAUACUAGUGGAAAUAAGUUCCUAUCCGUUUGAGGUAUUUCUACUAUAUGAUCAUUGGGGCGAUACAAAAAUGGUUUUUGAUGGCUGUUUUCAAACGGUUGCUGUGACUUCCUUUAUCGCAAGGAUAGUGCAUCAUAUUUGGCAUGAAGAUAAAUUGCAACAAUUAUGCAUAGCUAUUGAUAAACAUUGGGAUAUGUUUACAAACGAUGUGGAAAAUAAAAUCAUGAGAUAUUACUCUACGCUAGCACAAAGAUUUACGAUGCUUAUCGCGACGUUAUUUUAUUCCAUACUAUUGCUAAUGAUCGUAGUACCAUUAAUACCAGUAUUAUUAGAUAUUGUAAUGCCUCUUAACGAAUCACGUCCACGAUUCUUUCCGGUGGAAGUCGAAUUCAGAGUGAAUAAAGAGGAUUAUUUCUUACCAAUUCAUUGUUACCUUACUAUUGUAAUUGCAAUGGGUGUAAACGUUGCGUUGGGCUUUGACACAAUACAUAUCGUGUUCUCCGCUCAUGCGUGUAGUUUAUUUGCUACUGUCAGUAAACAUAUGAAGAAUAUAAUUCCCAAAGCAAACAAUAGCUGUAAAAUUCGCAAAAAUAAAUAUUAUAUGAAUAUAGAACUUGAUCCAUUAAAUGAGAAAAAAAUAUACCGAGAAUAUAUAAUAUGUCUAAAACACCACCAACUUGCCAUAGAUUUUGUUAAUAUAUUGGAUUCAUCAUUCCGAGAAUAUUCAUUAUUUAUUUUAUUAUUGCUUCUUGCAAACAUAAGUCUGACUGGAAUUCGAGUACUUAAUGUGUUAGAUCAUAUGCAGGAGCUGAUAAAAUACACGCUCGUAUUCUUAGCAAUGGUAUCUGUCUUGAUGAUUAUAUGCUAUUCCGGUCAAAAAAUAUUGGACGAAAGUCAAAACAUAUUUUAUCAAGCAUAUGCUGCAGAAUGGUACAAAUUCUCGCCUAGAUUAAAAUCUUUAUUAAUGGUAACUCUGCACAGAAGUAACAAAGCAUGUGGUUUAAAAGCAGGAAAUAUAGUUCCAUUGUCUAUCCCAACUUAUGCAACGGUAAUGCGAAUGGCCAUGUCUUACUUUACAGCGUUUUUAUCACUCCAAGAUUGAUUACUAAAUUUUUAUUUAUUUAUUUACUAAUUUAUCAGUGUCUAAAUUAUUGUUAAUAGAUUGUAAUUAAAAAAUUUAUGUUGUCCCAAAAUAUUUAUAGUGCAAUAAAAUUACAUGUUUUUCCAUUUAAUUUCUUUUGUAUUUUUUAGAAUUUCCACCUAACAGUUAUAUUUCUUUACUAAAUAAGUUGUCUAAAAUUUCCUUUAAUUUGUGCUCGCACGCGUUUAUUUUUUAAAUUGAAAUAUAAUGCAAUGUUUUUAUGACGCGAUCACAUGGAUAUUGCUGGGUAAUAAGACUCUUCAUUGACUUGAUGCUGUAGAAACAGCCACAGUGUAGGGCAUGUUCGAGGAUUUGCAACAAGCGAGGUAGGACUUUAUAAUGGCUGUAGCGAAUGUCGGCGGUAACGCCGUACAACUUGCGGAAGAAGAUAGAUCUAGAUACAUUUACAGGUGAAAAAAUAAAAAGGAACGAAAACAUGAAAGUUAAAUUUUGCAAAAAUUUUGCAUGUGUGAUCAAUACGCAAAUAAUUUUUAGUUAAAUUUCUUGAAAGCCAAU